AUGAACCGUUUCCGCGUGCUUUCGACAAAGGACUUUAAUCCGGAGGUACCGGGUUAUCGCAGGCAGGUCAAGCACGCCAGAUCCACGACAGGAUGCGUCAUGUGCAAGGCGAAGCGAGUCAAGGUGCCCUUGUUCCAGACUCACCUACAUAUCUACUGGUUUCUAACGGGACUGCAGUGUGACGAGGCCAAACCUGUCUGUGCCCGAUGCCACAGAAACCGCCGGGUCUGCCGUUAUCCACAAGCGCCGGCCGACAUCCCCGCCUUGCCCUUGCACCCGUCCUCUGACGACGAGGUGCCCGGCACGCCCAGCAAGCAGCUGCUCCAUCACUGCCAGGCGCACUGGGCGGACAUCUUUCCUGGAUUUGACCAGAACGAGGCGUUCCUGUCCGCCUUUAGGUCAAGUCCCCUAGUUCGCAGCGUCUGUCAUGCCAUCGCCGCCUCGCAUCUGCGACACGUCCACGCGGCCCAGCAGCCAUACGUACUUGCUGAAUAUUCCCACCGCGCAGCAGCCUUGGACGAGUAUAAACAGCAGCUCAGCCUGACGACUGCGCAGCUUGGUCAGACUGGCGUCAACGCGAUGAUUCUCGGGGCCAUGCUGUUCAGCCUCCUGACUUUCCCCCUGUCUCCAGCCGAGCAUGAGACCAGAGUCGUGAGCAGCAGCCCCUGGCUGUCCCGUGACCAUGACGCAGAUCUAGGCUGGCUCACCUUCCAGGCCGGCAUCGGCCCGCUGAUGAAGUCGGUGCUCAUAUAUCUCCCGCGAGCAUUCCAGUUCCUCAUCAGCAUCUUUUCGCCGCAGGUCGGCGGGACCGUGUCCCCAAACGUGGGACGAGUGCCGCCGCCGGUACCCAGACUGUGGACGCGGUUCUUCAAUCUCGAUGAGGAGGAUCUCUUUGCGCAGCUCUCCACUCCUGCCAACGCUUCGUCCCAUGCUUCACGCCCUCCUCCGCUCGCGUCCAGUGUCCGCCUCCUGGUGCGCACGACGGCGCUGAUUCGCGGCCUCGAACCCACGCUGUCCAACUCGGUGUCCUACCUGUCCUUCAUGUUCAAGGCGCAGCGUGAUUUUCGCGCGCUGUUGCUCACCGAACAUCCUCGCGCGUGGUGGCUGUACGGAUACUGGGCGGGUCUCAUGCGGAGGUUUCCGAAUCUGUGGUGGUGUCGGGAACGUGCAGACAGGCAGUAUGCUGCGGUAAAGGAGUGGCUGACCAGGGCGGAUGUGGACACAGAGGACCGGGAGAUAUGGGAGGAAAUGAUGACUGAAUACCGCGCGGCGGCUGUGUAUCCCCCGCCGGAGCUGGAGAUGGUGUUUCCCCCAGAUGAGGAUGAGUAA